UAUUUUUAUGUUUCCUUGUACGUGUAGAAAAAAUGUAAAAGGAUAAAAAAUGUCUAUAAACAUUAUCCACUUGUUCGGUCAAAUUGAUAAUAUAUCAGUACAAACUAGCCUCCUGUUGGUACAGUGUAGCACGGGGAUGUUUCAAUUUCCUGGAACAUUUCUUUGUUGGUCAUAUCCGCAUAUAUAAGUUUGACUCUAAGAACCUCAGCAUGUUCUUCUGCGAGUAGUUGGGAACAAGGUUUAGAGGGAUGCUUGGAACAAAGGAAACGACCCGUGACCCUCAGGGAUUCCUCACUGUUAAAGAAGGACACGUGGAUCUAUGGCGCGAGAUUCAAACUUUCUAUUGGUGGGGCCAUCAUAAUACAGAUGAGGCGACUUGAACAAGAGAAAAAGCUAAUAUGUGAAAACAGCUUUGAGAAAGAAAGUACCACGAGUGCGACCUCGAUUGUGUUCGGGAAGAACAGAUCCACUUUAGUAAGAGAACGACAAAAGAUGAAUCCCGGAAUACAGUACACGUUGUAUGAUGAUGAUUUUAAGGAUUACCCUGAUCCGGAUGAGUGUAUGAUGUAUGUUGUGGUUGACACACAAUUUGUGUUUAGAAAUUGCAGUACAAUACAAAGAGUUCAAUGCAUAAAUGAAACUAAUGAAAACUAUGUUGUAAGAGCGUGUUUUCAAAAGAACCCUGAUAGUUUUGACUGUAUGCCAGAAAUGAACGAGAUGAAAUCAACAAGAACAGCAGGGAAAUGUCCCUUACCUACUUUCUGCCUCUGGAAAGGUGUUUGUGAAAUCAUUCUUCUUGGAGGAAUUCUGUUUGUGUAUGCCAUCUUCAGUUUUAUUUGCAUAAAGUGCUGUACCAAAUACCAAGUGAGAAGAAUACUAAAGAACAAACGCAAUGAAGAUUUCUCAACUAAUUAUGUAGAUGACCCUAAGACACAGAUAUACACGUACUCCUAUAAAAGGGAACCCGAGGAAAAUUGGACAGUUCAAGAAAUUAAUUAUGCUUUUGUAGAUUGGGGUACAGGGUUUAAGAAUACAAGCGUAUAAUUCAGAAUGUGUAUAUUUCACAAUUAACUAGUGCAAUAAAAACAAGAG